AUGCUGCGGAUACACGGCAAUGGUAUCGAAAACAUGUGCCCUGUUCAGGCUAUGGAAAAAUAUCUUGUACGCAGGCCAGCUGCCAAAGGCCCCCUCUUCUGCCACGCAAAUGGGGCGCCAUUAACACAGUACCAAUUCGGGGCGGUACUAAGAAGGGUCUUACACCACGCUGGAGUCCCCCCACUACAGCACGGGACGCACUCAUUCCGAAUAGGCGCAGCGACAACUGCGGCGUUAAUACAUCCGCAAAUAGAGCAUACAACUAAGAUAGCAAAACUGGCUCAAAAAUCCUGUGUAUUCCUUCCAGCUAAUUGCAGAGGAAAUGUCUGGGUGGUCGGCGACAGUCUCGUUCGGAGAGCAAAUGAGAGAGCCAGCUCCACAGGAAAGCAGAAUUUGGGACUGUCUCAAUCAGUAGUGACAUGGAUGGGAAAAGGCGGAGCAACUCUCCAGGACUUUCCGAGCGAGCUCCAACGACGAACGCGUCGUAGUUUGCCCCCAGAUAUGAUUAUAAUUCACUUAGGGUCGAACGACUUGGGUAAAUGUCCUGCCAAAGAAUGCCGCCAAGCGAUCGAAACAGCAAUUAGAUCCUCAAGGGAGAUGUUUCCACAGGCGCAUCUCACUUGGUCGGCAAUAUUACCAAGGUUGUUUUAUUAUGGAUAUGAGCGUUGCACGUCACAAGUAAAGAUAGAGAAUGUCCGCAAAUCGUUGAAUAAGUACGCCAAAAGAAGAGUACUGCGGAUCGCUAAUGCAUCCUUUAUCAGCCAUAGUUUCGCCACUCACGAACACAGGUACUUCAGGCGCGACGGUGUCCAUCUAUCAGAUGCCGGUUCAGAUAUACUCAUUGGUGAUUUCAUGUUGGCUGUGCAGUCCGCAGGAUUCCUGUAA